AACUAUCUUCUUGGUGUUACGUCACUUCCUCUCCUCAGCUUGCAGCGUGUUAAAAGGGACAAUGGCCGCAGAGACGGAGGACUACCCGCAGGAGAUCGACGAGCAGCUCACGGGCUUCGACGCCUCCGCCACGUCGGUCAAAACCAUGUUGGAGCAGCUGAUGUCCAUGAACAAGGGCGACCUCGAGCAGAAGCUGGAUCCUUUGGAUCAAGCCAAACUGGACCUGAUGUCCACCUACACCCUGAAUUCAUUAUUCUGGAUGUACUUGGUCACAAAAGGGGUAAAUCCCAGGGAACAUGGAAUCAAGCAGGAGUUGGAGCGAAUAAGGACAUACAUGAACCGAGUGAAGGAGAUCGGUGACAGGAAGAAAGCCGCCCGUCUGGAUAAGGGAGCGGCCAAUCGGUUUCUCAGGAACGCUCUUUAUGAUGCAGAUGAGAAAGAUUCUAGAAAGAAAGCCGUCUACAAGAAAAUGGCCGGAGCAGCAUCUGACAGCCCGAGGUCAAGGCGUCCGAAGCAGAGGUGAAGAGUGGAGGAGUGGUACGGUCUGGUUCCAUUACGGUUUGUACCACUGUCUGGGCAUCGAACACUUGAUAUGUUGGAUUGCUCACCAGAAAGGAUCCUACGAUGGAGUCAGAUCAUUGGUCGUUGGUUUCCUGCAGCGCUCAGUGAAUGUUGCCAACACAUCAUCCGGGUUAUCUGAACAAAUUCCAGGACAAUGAUCCACGCAGCUGCUCUAGAACUCGAUGGAUAUGAUGGUGUAAUAUUUUUGUAGUGUUACGUCAUCACUGAGUUGUGUAUGUGGAGUUCUCUUAAAAGUUUUAUUUGAAAAGACAAUAAAUCAUUAAUUAGGUCCAUGCAGGUAUUGAAAUAUCAUCUUAGAUUAUGUUUCUUUUAUACGAAGGAGAAUUGAUCAUCAAACCUGUGUAUUUUUAAAGUGAUUCUAUGAAUCACGAGUCAGAUUUCACCUGUUUUUACACUCGUCUUUUUUUCAAACUAAAUUCUGAAUCUAAAGUCAGUGAUGUAAUUUUACUAAAAUUGACUUUUGCUGAAAAAUACAAAUAAAAAACUGACGUUUGAGUUUUUUUAUGCUG